UUUGUUUGAUGCAUUUUUAUUUUCAGUGCAAGUUGAUGUGAAAGAAAAAAAACACACAUCUAAAUCUGUUUAUCUCUUUCUAAAAUAAAUUAAGUCGUACUGCUUUAACUUCUUGUGUGUUGUUGUUUUCUUUUUCUCAACAAAAAUUUUUGUCUAAUUUAUCGGUUGAUUCUUUAUCUCACUCAUUCUUUGCAUUCAGUCGAGAAACAGAUACCGAGACAAGUUGAUUGUGAAUUUUUUGUGUCUUCUCUUCGCCGUCGUGUGGGUGAAGAAUUAAAAAAAGAAAAAAAAUUGCAUGGUGCAGUGAAAAUUAAAUACAAAUUAUGAAUUUAAUUUGAUAUAUUGUAAUAAAAUUGAUUGAAAAUUACUUGAAAAAUAUACAAAAAGUUACGCUAAAAAAAUUCCCUCUGACUUUCGUUAAAUUUUUUUUUUCUUGUUCGUCUCAAAAGGAUUUUUUUCCUGUCAGGAAGAAGUACAAACGAGAUGACGUACUAUAUUUUUCCGUGUGUCUGAAUGAGAUGUAAAAUCAUCGUCGUCGUCUGGAAAAGGGGUUAGACAAACCUCCUCCUUCUCUUUUUCGAAUACGAAUCGCUUUUGUGUGAAGAUUGUGAAUACUUCUUUUUUUUCUGUUCUCUUGGUAGUUUUGUUUUUCUUUUUGUUUAAUUUUUGAUAUAUUUUUCGCUUUGCCUCGUGUUGAAUUCAACCAAAUUGCAAUUUUUAAGGAUUAUCUAUUCAAUUUGGACAUAGCUUCCAUUCUGACAAAAAAGGAUACAUCAAAAGCUGGGCGAUUCCCAGAGAGUCAUCUAAUCGACCGGUGAAGACGAAUAAUUGGCUGAAUAUAAACAUGUUCAAGAUAUAAUUCCAUUAGAAACGAUGAUGACUAAAGAAAAGAAGCCACCAAAAUAGAUUAAUACAAAUAUUUACUAUAAACAGAGACAUUUCCCCCCAAGUGAGGACGACGACACAGAAGCAACGCAAUUAUGUCCAAGUUACCUGAUAACGAUAAUCAUCGCAAUGACAUCUAUGAGAACUUGCCCUGCCAGGCAAUGUUCAAUGAAUCAGUUCGAAAGAUCAACAAAACAACUGCAAACAAUUCACUAUUAAUGAACAAUUGCAAUCAGAAUAGCCAUCGUAGUAAGCAUUCGGCACAGUUGAGUACCAAGGAGAUGCUUUAUGCAACUCCUUUACGCAAAUCAGAUCGUUAUAGAAGUGGAGAACGUAGUCGCUUCCAUAGAACAUCUGGUGGAAGUGGGGGUAGUAGUAGCAUUGACAUUGAUAAAAAUGAAAAGCUUACAAAUGUCAUGGAAUACAAGUUGCUUAACAAAGAUAACAAAUGUCGCAAUGGUAAUCCAGAUGAUAUUGAUGGAAGUGGUGGCGAUGUUGUUGAUGAUGCUGGUACAUCUGCUUCCUUGACAUGUGCCAAUCAAUUGGAAGAUCGUAGGAUAUUGAAUUUUCUUAAAGAUACAACUCAAAUUCAUAAGAAAAUGGAAAUUCUAGGAAGCAGUCGAGAGAGAGAUUGCCCAAAUGCUAGUUUCUCUUGUUUAGCUAGAGAGGAACAUUUUGCUAAUUUGGUCCAACAGAACUUUAAUAUAGAAACUCCACCAUUCAUGGUGGAAGAAUCAUCGACAUUGAAUGAGAAUGAUCAAAAAGAACCAUAUUUGGGGGAAGAAAAUGAUGAAUUACCAGUUGCUGGGGAAGAAACAGUUGGGAACUUGGAAGUUUUUAUGCAUAAAAAGCAAUCCCCAGAUAAAGAAGUAAAUGGUAUCAUUGCCCCAGCAGCAGCAAUUAUUGGAAUACCACCCAAACCAGUCUAUAUUCACAGAGAAUGGGUUCUAAAAAAGAUUGCUUUAUGCUUGGAACAACGAAAUGCUGGAAAGAAAGCCAUUCCUGGUCUUCUUGGAGCAGCAGCUGGUGCCAAAUCAGAAAUUGGUGCUACAGCAUAUUUAUCUCGCUCGAAAGUAGCUGGAGCAGCUUCAAUGUACCAUGGUUGUUUAGUAUUAGGAUCAAAUGGUUCUGGAAAGACAUCCAUUUGUCAAGCCAUAAUGAAUGGCAAUUCUGGUACUAAAGGCAUACUCAAUCGUAAACUUCUUGCAUGCUAUUUGAUAAAUUCACAAAAUCCCGAGUGCCAUAGUCUUAGCUUGUUCAUACGUAAACUAGUCCUACAAUUGCUAAGUCAUUCAAGUCUUAUUCACAAGGAAGAGAGUGAAAAACUCAUCGAAGAUGGUUUGCUAUUCCUCAAAAAGGAAGAACAACAAAUGGAAUCUAAACUUGAUGCUGCCAUGAAUAAUAUCUCGCUAGAAGAGAAUGCUGAAGAAAUUCUGAUUGCUGAAUUGAAGAGAAGUGUGGAACAAGAUGAAUUCCGUGAACGACGAACUUCUACUUCGAAUGUAAAGAAAUCUAUGAUCCGACAGAAGUCGGCACCCUCGCCAGAGCAACAUAAUCAACUUCAUUCAGCGGCGGGUGUUAAGAAUUCUUAUUCAACACAUCCUCCAUCAACUUCAGGUCAUAAGUUAAACAAAGAGAAUGAUAAAGAAGCCUCCGACGGAGGAUCCAAAGCAAGUCCUGGAAAGAAAAUCUCAAAGAUUCCUGUUGCAAUUAGCGCUAGAGUUGUGGGAAGUCCAUCAUCAUCAUCGAAAACCAAUAGCAAUUCCAUUCAACAGGGUGGUGGUGAAGAUAUCGCCGAAGUUGGUGGCGAUGAGAUGCAACAUGAAAUUGCAGCUGCUAUCAAUGAAGAUGAACAACCUGAAGCUGAGAAAAGAAUCACUACCACCGAAGAAGAAGAAGAAGGAAACAGUAAUCUUAUUGAUUUUAAAGAAAAACCUGAAAGUCAAUGUGAAAUUACUCUCAUUAUUGGAGAAAAUCAUACAUCAGAGGUAGCAUCAUCAUCUAGCAUUCCACCACCGCUACCAAAACCAAAGAGUUGCCGCACAACAAUUGCCGAUGGUUACUAUGAAAUGUUGAUCUCAAAUCCAGAGAUAUUCGAAUGUCUAAAUGUGGACAAUAUUGAAAAGAAUCCAGAUGAAUGUUUUAAGAAAGCCCUGCUGUUUCCAUUGUUGGAACUUACACCACCAAAGACUGCUCUACUGCUUUUGAUCGAUUCAAUCGAUGAAAACUAUAUUAACGAGGGGAAUCUUAUUUCCACUUUAAAAGGACGCUGUUCCACAACACAAAAGAGUAGAAAUGUUGCUGAACUUUUAUCAAAUCAUAUUCAUUUGUUUCCCAAAUGGUUGUUUUUGGUUUGUACGACCAAGAAACAAACAAAACACAUCACAAAAAUGUUUACAGGCUUCAAGAAGAUCACGCUGGAUGAUCUGAGGAAGUCACAUGUGGUUAAAGAUGUUCAGGAGUAUAUAAUAAAUCGAUUGAAUUCAGAUUUUAAAGAUAGCAUAAUGCUGACUAAGGAAAUUAUAGAAUCAUUGCAUCAGUUGUAUAUUAAGUCCAAUGGAUGCAUUCUUUAUCUAGAGAAGGUUUUGAAUGGAAUCAAGGAGAAUUUCUUUUCAUUUCGGGAAAUCAAAUUGAUUCCUUGUACAUUGAAUGGACUCUAUCUCUAUAUUUGCCAGAAAUCUUUCAACAAGAAGCAAUAUCUAAAGAUUCGGCCAGUUUUGAAUAUUCUUCUCGCUUCGACGGGAUUUGUUGAUAAGCUGUUCCUCUUUAAUUGCCUGAGAACUCAUAAUUACACUAUCGAUGUGGAUGAAUUUGAAAAACGACUUCAGUUGAUGCGAAAUAUUCUCCUCUAUGACAGUGGACAGAGGCGAGUGAAGAUUUUCCACAAUUCAUUCUGCGAUUGGUUGGUGGAUGUUAAAUUUGCCACAAAGAAAUUCAUUUGCGAUGUGAAUGAGGGACAUGUUAUGAUAUCGAUGUACUACAUGCUUAUCAGCGAUACACUGUGUGCGAAUAGUGUGAGGAAAUUUGUAUACCAUUUGAUUAAAGCUGGAGAAUAUCUAACCAAUAGAGAUAUCAAUUUGGAUUUGAUUCUGAUGCUAUUGGAGUCACGAAUCAAUUUGAAUGAUUGCUUCUAUACGAAUCAUUUGAAUUGUUGCUCAAUAUGUGAGUCUGAAUUCAAGAAUGAUGCUAAUUUUUUGCCAAAGACUAGGAACAUGCUGGAGAAAUUCCUAAAUAAUGAGUUGAAUGAAGAGUAUGCAACAUUUUUGUGUGACUUUUUUAAGCCAAGUUUGCCAACGGAUGCUAAGAUUUUGAAGUUGCUUAUUGAGACUGGCAUCAAUAAUGCUGAUUCUCAGACAUCAUGUGACUCAUCUCUCAUGUCACCAGAACUCUCGGAAAAAUCUCAAAACAUUGAUUUCGAACUUGCUGAUCUAUUAUUGUCCAGUGAGAAAUCAUGUUUAGUUGAGACUCAACGACCAACGAGCCCAUCAGAAAAAAGUGAACCACCCCAUCCUGAUAGUCAAGAUGAUAACAACAGCACACUUCAUCAGCUAUCCGACUCGAAUCGCAUCGAACUGCACAAAGGCAAAGCCUUGAUUCAUAUUCUAGCAAACGAUGGAAAUCAUCAGCUUCUAGAACGAGCUUUAAAUGCAUGCAAGGGCCCAAUUGAUUUGGAAAUCGAAGAUUACAAUGGCCAGACAGCCCUUAAUAUCGCCUCUCGCAAUGGUCAUUUAGAUGUUGUGAAGCUCUUACUUGGCUUCACUCAAUCAUCUCCAGAAGUCACUGGUCAUAUGAAACGAGUCGAUGUAAAUCAUGCUGAUCAUGAUGGUUGGACACCAUUACGAUCUGCAUCUUGGGGUGGUCAUACAGAGGUGGUUAAACUCCUUAUUGGUUAUACUGGGUGUAAGAUUGAUUUGGCUGAUAAGGAAGGGCGAACAGCUCUUCGAGCGGCUGCCUGGAGUGGUCAUGAAGAUAUUUUAAAAAUCCUCAUCGAAGCUGGUGCUGAUGUCAAUUCAGUCGACCGUCAAGGCAGAACAUCUCUAAUUGCUGCCUCUUAUAUGGGUCAUUAUGAUAUUGUGGAAAUUUUACUGGAAAAUGGCGCCGAUGUGAAUCACCUCGAUUUGGACGGGCGCAGUGCACUGUGUGUCGCCGCGCUCUGUGGAUCCUCCGGCUAUAGUAAAGUUAUAUCAACUUUACUCGAACAUGGUGCCAAUACCGAUCAAUUGGAUAAUGACGGAAUGUCUCCAUUGUUAGUCAGUUCCUUUGAGGGUAAUUCUGAGGUCUGUGAAUUGCUUUUAGAGAACGGUGCCGAUCCCGAUUUGGCUGAUUUUAUGGGCCGAACUCCCCUUUGGGCUGCCUGCACUGCUGGUCAUGCAAAUGUCGUUAAACUUCUGCUCUUUUGGGGCUGUGGCAUUGAUUGUAUGGACUCAGAGGGUAGAACAGUUCUCAGUAUUGCUUCGGCACAGGGAAAUGUUGAGACAGUACGUCAACUGCUCGAUCGUGGUCUAGAUGAAACGCAUCGCGACAAUGCCGGUUGGACACCACUGCACUACGCCGCUUUCGAGGGAUUCCAUGACGUUUGUUUGCAAUUAUUGGAAUCGGGUGCCAAAAUUGAUGAAUGCGACAACGAGGGCAAGACAGCUUUGCAUCUUGCUGCACAAGAAGGACGUGACAAGUGUGUGCAAUGUUUGUUAGAAAUUCAUUGCUCAUUCAUUGAUCAGAAAGCACAUGAUGGCAAAACUGCUUUUCGACUAGCAUGCAUUGAGGGUCAUUUGGAUUGUGUUCAAAUUUUGUUAAGAUUCAGCUGUGAUGUGAAUUCAAAGGAUGCCGAUUCUAGAACAACUUUGUAUAUUUUGGCACUCGAGAAUAAGUUGGAAGUGGUUAAGUAUUUGUUAGAUGUGACCGAUGUGGAUGUUAAUAUACCUGACAGUGAGGGCAGGACUGCAUUGCAUGUAGCUGCUUGGCAGGGCCAUGUCGAUAUGGUCAAGUUGUUGAUCACAAUGGGUAACGCCGAUGUUAAUGCCAUGGAUCUGGAAUGCAGAUCUCCUCUGCAUUCCUGUGCCUGGCAGGGAAACCAUGAUGUCAUGGGUAUACUACUCUACUUUGGUGCAAUGGCUGAUCAUGCAUGCAAACAGGGAGCAACCGCUCUAGGAAUCUCAGCACAGGAAGGACACGAAAAAUGUGUCACCAUACUUCUUAAAUACGGUGCCAAUCCAUAUAAAUCCGAUCAUUGCGGUAGGACACCCAUUAAACUGGCAGCAAAAUCAAAUCGCAGCAACAUUCUUAAAAUCUUUGAAGGCUACACUAAAACAGAUGAGUCUAAUAACAUCGAUCCAACGAAAUUCCACCCGAGCAUGUUACGUUCACCGGAUAAUCCUCCACCACAAGGAUUCCUAUCGCAUCCAACAACCAAUCAACAACAACAAUCCUCCCCGGCUGCCAUAAUUGGCGGCAAUAACAGUCUAAUGAUACCAAAUAACAAUAAUAUGCAAUCGCCGAACAUCCUAAAUGCAUCCACUUCGACGCACAGUAGCAAUAAUUUUUAUGAAAAUACUAUGCAAUCGGAUACGAGCAGUUUGCAAAAGCGCAAAAGUGUAAUAUCUAGUCAGUCAACAGGAAGCAGUAAUGAACAAGCUCCACUUUCAUUUACACAGCAGCUACAAAGACAAACAAAACUCAAUUCUCGUAAUAAUCCUUUUGUGCAGAAUGCACCAGUAGUCAGUUCGAAAUAUCCAAAAGGACAUCAGCGACAUUCGCAAUUGCUGCCAGAUUUGAGUGAACAUCAGAUUAAUAUGGCAGCAUCAAAUGACGCCGAUAUGUAUGAUAUGGAAUGCAUGUCACCGCUUUAUGCUACUCCCCCACAUUCACCGAGCAGCGAACUUAGUUCACCCGGACAAUUGCCAUCGAUAAAUGCUUUUGAAGAAAUCGGUGGAGCAACCAGUGGUAAUAACCAUUCAACCAGUGCAGGAGGAGGAGGUGGAAGCAAAUCAUCCUCCACCGACAACCAUUUCGCACGAGACACACAUAUGCGAAUUAUUUUGGGUAAUCUCAAGGACACCAGUCAGUCGUCUUCAAAUAACAAAUCAAAACGAAGUGGUAUUGCUACAAAUCCUGCAAUGAGAAUGAUUCGUAGUCGAUUUGAUUCUGCAGCUCAGCUCAUACGACGAACAAAUAAUAUGCUUAGCAUCUCAUCGAGUAAUAAUCAAGGUUCGUCGAGUAUAGGCGUUAAGUCUGGAACUUUUCAGUGGCGCAAAGAAAGCCAAAUGUAAAUGUCAAAUAGAAACAA